AUGGCAGAACAAUUCAAGGACAAUAUGUCUACUGAAGGCAAUAACAUGGAAGAUGUUUUCUCCGUUAAAUCCGAAAAUAAGAAUGUGGAUAGCAAUGUAAAUGUUGUGGGAGAGGAAACUAUAGGAAGAAAUGAUUGUAUUGUGCCUAAGGUUGGUGUGCAGUUUAAUGAUGAUAAAGAAGUGUACGAUUUUUAUGCAAGAUAUGCAUAUGCCGUGGGUGUUCCAACUAGGAAGAGGAGUUCGACAAAGGAUAAUGAUUAUCAGACAAAGAAGAUGUUGAAAAAAGAUUUUUGGAACUAUAUUGAACAAGUGAGACGACUAAGACUUGGCGAGGAUGAUGAGGCAGCAAUACAGUCUUACUUUUCUAAAAUGCAAGCACGGACAUGGCUUCAAUGCAUGCAUGGUCUAUCUCCGCACGAAAUAAUUAUUGAUCAAGACAGAGUCAUGCAGAAUGCAAUUCAGAUAGUCUUUCCGAAUACGAGGCAUAAAUGGUGUUUGUGGCACAUUUUGAAAAAUUUUGCAUACUAUGUGGAUAAGUCUUUGAUAUUUUUGGCUAUAUACACUUCGGUGUAUGAUUCACAAGGUCGUUGGGUUCCGUGUUUCUUGAAAACAACUUUUUGGGCUGGAAUGUCAAUAACGCGAAGAAGUGAGAGUACAAACGCCUUUUUUGAUGGUUAUGUGCAUUCGAAGACAUCAUUGAAACAAUUUAUUGAACAGUAUGAACGAGCAAUGUGGAAUAAGGUUGAGAAGAAAUUCUAG